CCUUCAAACUUCUCCUCUUUCUUCAUUCCAUCAUCACUCACAUUCUCAAUCAUAAACCAAAACAAGAAGAAAACCAAACACUUUCUCUCUUUCAAGUCAUCUCCUAACAAAAUGGAGAAUUUGUUUCGUCUUGCUUCAUCUCCUAACAAAAUGGAGAAUUUGUUUCGUCUUGCUUCAUCUCCUAACAAAAUGGAGAAUUUGUUUCGUCUUGCUGAUCACGAAGAUUUUAUCUCACGCCGUUGCAUUUGGGUCAAUGGACCUGUGAUCAUUGGCGCAGGUCCAUCUGGCCUAGCAACGGCGGCAUGUCUUAGAGAACAAGGAGUACCAUUCCUUGUUGUCGAAAGAGCUGAUUGCAUAGCAUCACUUUGGCAAAGAAGAACCUAUGACAGGUUGAAACUUAACCUCCCAAAACAAUUCUGUCAACUCCCUAACCUUCCAUUCCCUGAUGAUUUCCCUGAAUACCCUUCAAAGAAACAGUUCAUAAACUACCUUGAAACCUAUGCUAACAAAUUUGAAAUCAAGCCGCAAUUCAACCAGUGUGUUCAAUCUGCUAAGUAUGAUGAAACCAGUGGAUUAUGGAGGGUGAAAACCAAUGAAGUUGAGUAUAUUUGCAGGUGGCUUGUUGUUGCUACCGGCGAAAAUGCUGAGUGUGUUAUUCCUGAAAUUGAAGGACUUUCUGAGUUCAAAGGUAAAGUUGUUCAUGCUUGUGAUUACAAGUCAGGCGAAAAUUUCAAAGGAAAGAAAGUUCUCGUUGUUGGUUGUGGAAAUUCAGGAUUGGACAUCUCACUUGAUCUUAGCAACCACCAUGCUUUACCUUCUAUGGUUGUUCGUAGCUCGGUUCAUGUGUUACCUUCAAUGGGUCCUUUGCAGCUGAAGAACACAGAAGGAAAAAUACCUGUUUUGAAUAUUGGUACCUUGGAGAAAAUUAGAUCUGGAGAUAUAAAAGUUGUCCCUGGAAUCAAGAAGUUUAACAAAAACGGCGAAGUCCAGCUUGUUAAUGGCGAAAAGAUUGAUGUUGAUGCAGUUGUUCUUGCUACCGGUUAUAGGAGCAAUGUUCCUUCUUGGCUUCAGGAAGGUGAAUUUUUCUCGAAAAACGGAUACCCGAAGAUGCCAUUUCCACAUGGAUGGAAAGGAAAUUCAGGACUAUAUGCUGUAGGGUUCACAAAGAUAGGGCUUUUUGGUGCUUCAUAUGAUGCUGUUAAAAUUGCACAAGAUAUUGGAAAUGUUUGGAAACAUGAGACUAAACAGAAGAAACAACGCUAUGGAGCUGUUAAAAUUGCACAAGAUAUUGGAAAUGUUUGGAAACAUGAGACUAAACAGAAGAAACAACGCUUGUCAUAGACGCUGCAUUUCACAGUUCUAAAUCCUAAGACCGAAGUUUUUUAAUGUGGUUUGUUAAGGAUGAUGAGGCUUUUUCAUCCUUUUUUUAAAGGCGUUUCAAUGUAUUUCGUUUUGUUGAUUCAUAUAUGUAACGCGAACUUGAAACUUAUGCGGUUCCAACAUUAUGCUGGAAUCAUAAGGGAUUUAAGUUCAUAUAAUAAAAUUCAAUAUUUGAAAUUGAACUUUGCUUUUGCUUUUGAUGUUUUACUCUCUAAGUCACUAUCUAUGUUUUUUCGACUUCUUUGAGUUUUGUAGCUUUUCCUUUGAUUUUGGCAAAGAAUCUUGUGUUCUUGAUUAGAUGCAUUGUCUGAUGUGAAGAUGUUGUUGAUCAUACCCCUUAUGGCAUAUUCAGGUCUACAACAAGCAUUUGUAUGGGCGGAAUUUACCAAGUACGUUGUAACUCCAGCAAUUGGUGUUUCUGGUGUUGGUAUUGCAAUGGCAGCAUAUGGAGCUUUUGAUGGAAUAUGUUCUCUGGCUGCUGGUCGUCUCACAUCCGGUCUCACAUCCAUUACAUCAAUAGUUUCUUUUGGAGCUUUUGCCCAAGCGGUUGUACUAAUAUUGCUCCUGCUAAAUUUCAGCAUAUCUAGUGGAUUUCUCGGUACUCUAUAUAUACUCUUUUUGGCUGCUUUAUUGGGCAUCGGCGAUGGAGUUCUAAUGACGCAGCUCAAUGCUUUACUAGGCAUGCUAUUUAAGCAUGACAUGGAAGGGGCUUUUGCACAGUUAAAGAUAUGGCAAAGCGCUACAAUUGCUAUCGUUUUCUUUGUGGCCCCAUACAUUUCAUUCCAAGCAGUUAUCAUAGUCAUGUUGGUUAUACUCUGCUUGUCAUUCUGCAGUUUUCUAUGGUUGGCUCUUAAGGUGGGGAAUGUAUCAUCACCCUCCACCACUGACUGAAUAUAAUGUUUCUUUUACAAUCUGUCAUCUUUGUUUUAUGGUAGCAUUGCUUUCAGAUGAUUCAAUUGUAUAGAUGGUGUAAUUUAUUAGUUCAUGUGGCUUUUUGUUA